AUGAAAACUUUAGUCCUAAUAUCCUUAAUCUCAGCAUUAGGGUUCCUCUGCGUGGCUUUAACCUCCAGUCCAGCGCCAGAAGAUGCUGAAUUUGAAGAUUUUAUUGCCAAGUAUGGGGUGAACUAUGCGACAGAUACAGAACUGGAUUUUAGAAGAGCUAUCUUCAAACAAAACAUGGUCAGAGCCAAACAACUUGAUGAGUUAAAUCCUUACGCUAAAUUUGGAAUAACUAUUUUCUCUGAUAGAACAAGAGAGGAGAUGAAGCAAAGGAUGGGAGCUAUAGAUUUCAGAACUGAUGAAACUCAUGCAAAAGUAUUUGAACUGACAGCCAAACCUACCAGUUCUAUUGAUUGGAAGAAGUAUAUGAAGCCUAUUCAGGAUCAAGGAACAAGCUGAGGAUCUUGUUGGGCUUUCUCUGCAAUAGCUUCUUUGGAAGGAAGAUACCAAAAGAAAUAUGGAAAAAUAGAGAAAUUAUCAGAGCAACAAGCUCUUGAUUGUACUAGUAAAAGUUAUGGAUGCAAUGGAGGAUGGUAUGAUGAUUUUUGGAAAUACGCUGAAAAGAAUCCGAUCUGUGAUGCUUCUGAUUACAAAUAUGUCCAUCGUAAGGGGGCUUGUAAAACAUGUUAUGGGAGUAUCACAACCGAAGGCUCUACCUUAAUCAGGAACAAUGAAGAAGCAAUGUACGCAGCAUUAAAAGAUGGGCCUAUAUCUAUUGCAGUUGAUGGAGAAGAUUGGCCAUACUAUCAAAGUGGAGUCAUAACUAAUUGUGGAACACAUAUGGAUCAUUCAGCUGUCAUUGUAGGGUAUCAAAAGAAAGAAGAUGCUUGGGUUGUCAGGAACUCUUGGGGUAAAGCAUUUGGAGAAGACGGUCAUAUUAGACUCAAGUAUGGACAAAACACAUGUUUGGUAACAUACAAACCUGCUUUCCCAGAUGUCUAA